AUGCAAAAACAAACCGAUAUUAACAUCCAAUUAACCAAUUUGAUGGAAAAACUUGAUAUACAUAUGCAACAACAAAAUUUAUUAAUGAAACAAUUAAACCAACUAUUAAAAAGUGGUCCAAAUCAAUACAGUACAACAUUAAGUAAGGAAAUUCCACCACAGAUGGAAAUUCAUAUUGAUAAUGAAACAAAAUUAAAACUUCAUGGUCUUCAUCAGCAUUAUGUUAAAUUACGUAAAAAUGACAAAAGUCGAAAAUUAAUUGAUUUACUUGGUAAAUUAGAAUUUAAUCAAGUAGCUAUUUUUGUUAAAUCAGUAUCACGUUGUACAACUUUAUGCAAAUUAUUAACUGAACAAGGUUCUCCUGCAAUUGAAAUUCAUCGUGAAAUACUACAAGAAAAACAUUUGACACGUUAUAAAGAAUUUAAAGAGUUUCAAACACGUAUUCUUGUUGCGACAAAUUUAUUUGAACGUGAUAUAGAUAUUGAAUGUGUUAAUAUUGUUGCUCUUACUGAUCGAUUUGGUACAAAAGGUUUAGCAACAAUAUUUGUCGUUAAUGAAAGUGAUGCAGCAAUUCUUAAUGAAAUUCAAAGUCGUUUUGAGGUACAAAUUACUGAAAUGCCCGAUGAAAUCAAUGCAGACACAUAUAUCGAAAAUCAUUAA